AUGCUCGCAGAGUUCAUCAAAAUGGCUGCCGGACUAAUUGGACCUGACACCGAUCACACGCAGACCCAAGAUCUUCGACAUCUCUUCGUGAAGGCGUCAGCGCAGAAGUGUCCAGCAAUUGAGCGCUGGAUCUCUCACGUGUGUGUGGGAAUGACGUCCAGUCAAGACCCUACAGAGUUUAAUAUUUUCUGUCAGCACGAGCUUGUAGCGCUGCUGAUGGUGACAUUUGACUUUGCGAAUUCGUAUCUGUCGUGGGCGAUUGGAGUGAAGUUGAUUCUUCUCGUACGGCUCAUUCUACCAGGUCUUCAGCAAGCAAUUAGGAGAGCAGUGUCCUACGUGUGUUGGACGUCAUCACGACACGAUGGCAAGCUUAAAACUGUGGAAAAAGUGAUCCAGCCGUCGUCUUCUCUUCUCGAAUACGAGGAAGCUCUCGACGUGUACUUGCGGUCGAUGAGAGUGAAAAAUGCGGAUCGAAUAGCAGCAGAGCGUGAGGCUUUCGAAAACGAAUGGUCAAUUCGAACUGGGAGAGUUCUAUCAGAUGUGCGCACUCCACGAGUGGAUGUGUCUGCGAACGACUUAAGUGCAAUUGUACGCACCCUAAUGCUGCGUCGAUUAACAGCGAUCUGCAAGUUGGAUGUGAGCCUGAGUGUAUCCGAGGACGGCCAGCUCCUUCUUGUCCGCAUUUUUGCGUCCGACAACCUCCUACUGGCGACAUUGUGCGAGACCGACUCGUACCGCUUACAGUUCGCAGAUGCAAUCGACCCUGGGAGGUCUUUCUGGCACGACAAAAAGGAGGUGCUAACGGACCAGAAGGUUCUUGAUGCCAAUACGGCUAAGCACAAGUUGAGACUUUUGUUGGCAGAGCGUGCGAUGUCUCCAAAGGAAGCUGUGUGGUUCCCAGGGGAGUCGCUUGCUCGUGUAUCUGCUCGUGUACAUGCUCUCUCGAGAAUAUCCCGCGCUUCCAGAGGAUUAAUUCGUUGUCACAACUCAGCUCCCGCGUUCGCCAGCUACUCGCUGAACAUUCAGCGUCAGUUCAUCUACAAGAAAUAUCCAAACAAACUUGAUGUCCCCGACUCAUAUCGCCGUUCUGCUGUGCUGCGGACUGUGGAUUGUAUCCGUCUAACGAAACGUAUCAUCGACGCUGAGUUUGACACGAACGCCACGAUCGCAAGUGGUUUGUUGUCGACGUUUCACUGUCUUCACAGCUCCGGCAGAUUCGAUUUGAACUCUCGUGGUGCUCUCGUUUCGUCUUGGAUCAAGUUUUGGAGACCCGUUCACUUCCCGGGAGAGUUUUACCCGAAGGAUCAUGCAAUUCUGAACCUCAUGGGUCGAAUCGCUCCCUUCCGCCAACCACUUCAAGAUGUGCGUGACUAUUUUGGAGAGGAGAUUGCGUUUUACUUUGCGUGGCUCGCAUUCUACGGGAAAAUGAUGAUCAUCCCUGCUGCUAUUUCGAUGGCUGCGUUGGUUAAUGCUACUAUUCCCUUAGUCGAGCUUCUUCUUGGCGUUGUAGUUAUCGCGUGGAGUUUUGUGUUGGCUAAACUUUGGGAACGGAGACGAGUAUGGUACCAGCUUCAAUGGGGUCACUCGCUGUGCUCUUCCAUCCAACGACAGAUUGGGUCGUGGCUGUGUGUUCUGGUGCUGGGAUAUGGCAACUUAGUGGUGACACUCGCGGUGCUUCUUUCUCAGGGUUUACUUGCUGAUGUUUGGGGAGAGAAGCUCGCAGUUCUCGGAUCCUGCAUCUGUCAAGCUUUCUUGGUGCAGUGGAAUGGCGCAUGCAUUCCUGAUGUGGCUCAUGCUCUCAGCAAGUGGGAAGCUCCUCACUGCUCACGUGAUUACCCCAAUUACCAAAGCUCGUUCGUCGCCAAACUGUUCAUGCUGCAGCUAUUUAACACUUUCACUGGACUGGCUCUACUGAUGCUGAGCGAUGUGGGUGGAUUGUCGCUACUGGUCCAUCUCGUGGCUCCUCUUGGUCCUCUUUACAUGUCCUACAAUUCCCGCAUUGAAGGCCACGUUGGUAUCUUCAUUCAGAUGGAGACUCUGCUGGUUGCCAUCUUGGCAGUACAAUUGAGUAUUCGCAUCUUGCUGAUUUUGUCUGCAGCGUUGUCACCGUAUCCAGGACCCCACAAGGAUUAUGUACAAAUUAUGAUGCAACUUGGACUGGUGACCAUGUUCUCGAGUGUGUGUCCAUUGCUGCCACUCCUGGCAUUAGUUGACUGUGCUGUCAAGUUACGACAAAACGCUUUAGAGCUUUGCUGCAUCCGGCAACGACCUGAACCAGGCGAGGGCGAUGACGUUGGUCUGGGACUCUGGGCUUCUUAUACGCCUCUCAUGGUCAGACUGUCCGUUCCCGUUGCACUUUCACUAGCGCUUUUCACGGCGGAUAACUUCGCAGAUAUUUCAGUCGAGCGUCGAGUUGGCUAUAUGCUGAUCGGAGUGCUGAGUAUUUGGCUUGUAGCUCAGCUCCUGUGGUUUUUGAUACCAAGUGAAAGUCGCGCAGUGGAAGAAGCACGAGCACGCAAUAUCUUUCUGGUAGAACGAUACGUUGGCCACGCCGAACAAGCACUGCAUCACUACGAGGAACGCUUGGAGUUGCUGCAUCGAUUGAAUCAGUGA